AUGGGCCAGACCCUGCUCCUCGCGGGCACCUUCCUGCUCUGCUGGGCCAGCGGGGGGGCCCUGCAGUGCCGUGUGUGUGAGGUGGGGAACCCCUACGAGGGCUGCGUGUGGGGCCAGGGGACGUGCACAGCCCCCCCCGGGGGUGUCUGCUGGAGCCACGUCGCCAGCUUCGGCCCCCUCUUCUCGCUGUCGACCCUGGGCUGCCAGCCCCCCAGGGUCCCCUGCGACACCGCCGGGCUCCUCGACCCCUUCUUCGGCUUCACCUACAACCGGACCUGCUGCAACGGCACCGACCUCUGCAACGCGCCCCCCACCCUGCCCGCCCGCUGGCCCUGGAGCCGCGCCCCCCACUCCGCCCGCGUCCCCCACGCUGGCCUGCUGGGGGCGCUGGCGCUCUGGGCCCUGCACUGA